AUGGAAAAGAUCAAGCCCCAAAUUUUGAAAAGCAAUUAUGCCUUAUCUGAAGGGCUGCUAAAGAUAAGAGAGUACAUUUGUUGGAAUAAUUGCAAUGGCUAUUACAGCCUAAAAGUUUCUGAGAGAAAAGGGUCAUGUGGCCUUCAGGAGACUUUUUUUGCCUUCUUUUGGAUGCAUUUCUCUCUCCCCAUCUGUCUCUGUUUUCUGUCUCGUGUCUCUCUCUCUCCCCUUCCCUUCCCCUCUCCCCCCAACAACCCCUUCCAUCUCUCUCCCUCCCUCUCUUUGUCUUUCUCACUCUGUCACUGUCUCAUUCUGUCUGCGCACACUGGCAUCUCUUUGAACAUUAGAAGUAAGCACUUCUUGUUGGAUCAGGUAUUUCUGUCCCGAGUUAAUACUUUCACUUAG